CAGAAACUUUGAAAAAAAAAUAUGAUCAAGUUUGUGAUCAAGGGCCAGAAUUGAAUAAUAGCAAUACAAAGAAACGACCCAUUAAGUAUGUUUUUAUUGAACAUAAAGAGUGUGAAAAGGUGGCGUAUGAUGAAGAACCAGAAUCAAUUAAAAUUAAAAUUACGAACGAUGAAUGUUUUGUAGAUAAAAAAAUAGUGAUUGAAAGGGGUCAAAUAACUGUAUUGGAAAGUAAACAAACUCCAGAAGUAGUUGAAUCUCAUGCAGAAAUUAAUAAGAUUCCUCUAUACAAUGUGAUCAUAAUAAAUUCAUCUGAUGAAGAAGUUAAUAAGAAUUCUUUUCACGAUGUGAUCAUAAUCGACUCAUCUGAUGAAGGAAUUCUUCCCAUGACGUGA